UAUGAAAACAACACUAAAAGUGUAAACAAAUCAAAAACAAUGCGAUUAUUAUUGUUAUCAUUGAAUCAAUUGAUUACUUAAACACCCAUUGAAUCACACAAUCAAUACAACAAUUGCCACAAACAUCACGUAAUUGUCACCAAUCAGAUCCAGUCAAAGACACACUAUUGUAAACAAUGGCCUUCCGGUGUCUGAACGCCAAACACAUACGUAAAGCGCUUCUUCAGCCGUCAUUUGUUGGCCGACAAUACUUCAAACACGUGGAGGACAACCACUUCUUGCCGGCGAUCGCCGAUUGGCUGCAGAGGUUUCGACUCCAGUUGGCCGACAAUCCGGUGCCGAAAGGCUUCGAGAAGUACUUCCCGAACAGCGGCCGCAAGACUGGGGCCGAGAAAAAGGCCGAUUCAAGCGGCGAGAAGUCGGAGACCACUGCCGGUGAUAAGAAAGAGUCGCCGCCACCCAAACAGAGACCGUCGACGGGUCAGUCCGGUUGGCCGUCGAGCGGCGGAUCCGCGAAGAGUAAGGACUGGAAGUUUGAGUUCAAUUUCCCGGGAAAAGGCGGUCCCGGAGAGGAUGGGAACCGAUGGACAAACAUAGCGCUCGUCACCACUUUGGGUGUAUUAGGUCUGUUGGCGUACAACGAGAUGCGCUACAAAGAGAUCACGUGGAAAGAGUUCAUCAACAACUACCUGAGCCGCGGAGUUGUGGACAAACUGGAAGUGGUGAACAAGAAGUGGGUCCGCAUUCGGUUCGUGUCGGGCACCGGCGGUCGGGGCGGAGACGUCGGCAACAUCUUGUGGUUCAACAUCGGUUCGGUGGACACGUUUGAGCGCAACCUCGAGAACAUUCAGCUAGAGAUGAACGUCGAGCCCACGAACUUUGUGCCCGUCGUCUACAAGACCGAAAUGGACGGGUAG